AAAGACGAUCGUAUUUAUGCCCAGCUUCGUGCUCUCGGCAGUUCCUGUGAUUGGUCACGUGCCCGCUUCACAAUGGACGAAGGCCUUAGCGCUGCGGUUACCGAGGCUUUCAUUCGACUAUAUGACUCCGGGCUUAUCUAUCGAAGUACCCGUCUUGUAAACUGGUCCUGUUGCUUGCGCUCGGCUAUCUCCGAUAUUGAAGUGGAGAAGCGCCAACUGACAGGGCGUACUUUGAUUCCCGUUCCCGGUUACAAAGAGCCAGUUGUCUUCGGCUUGCUCACUUGCUUCGCGUAUCCCCUCAUACGUUAG